AAGACGCUUUUAAUGAUAAAGUAAAAAAUGUUGCGACAUCUCGCUCAAAAUGGCAUGUUCCUGCCUCAAUCGUAUCUAAACGAACCAUUAAUCCAAUUCGUGAAACGAUUUAUAAAAUGCAUGCUAAACCAAAUCCUGGCAAAGAACUUAUCUCUUUAGCAUUAGGUGAUCCAACUCGUUUCGGAAAUUUCAAAAUUCAUGAGAAUUGCAUUGACGCCGUAAUAAAGCAACUACAAUCUUAUAAAGCGAAUGGAUACCCACCUGCGAUUGCUCUAGCUAAAAAGUUUUCAACAGAAGAAGCGCCAUUAACUUCAAGGGAUGUCGUAAUAGGUAGUGGUGCUUCGGAUGCAUUGAAUCUUGCGAUCAGUGCUCUGUGUAACGAAGGUCAAAACAUCCUUUUACCUAGACCUGGAUUUUCAAUAUAUGAGACAAUUUCCUAUUCUAAAGGCAUUGAAUGCCGGUAUUAUAAUCUAUUGCCCGAUUGCAACUGGGAAAUCGAUCUUGAUCAACUAGUUACACUAAUCGAUGACAAAACAGCUUGUAUUUUAAUAAAUAAUCCUUCUAAUCCUUGUGGUUCAAACUUUAGUCGUCAUCAUCUCGAAUUAAUACUUCAAAUUUGUGAAACUUACAAACUUGUAAUAAUCGCUGAUGAGAUCUACGAAGAUAUGGUUUUUGGUUCGACAAAGUUCUUUCCUAUUGCUUCAUUAACAAAAACCGUUCCGAUCUUGAAAGUCAGUGGAUUAGCAAAGCGUUAUCUUGUGCCUGGGUGGAGAGUUGGUUGGAUUUUUGUUUAUGAUCAAAAUGGAAUCUUGGAUGAAAUUCGUGAUGCUUUAUUUUCACUCUCAAAUCUUAUAUUGGGCGCAAACAGUUUAAUCCAAUAUUCUAUCCCUGAUAUUAUUUUUAAUACACCCAAUGAAUUUUAUGAGGAUACAAAUAAUAAAUUAGAACAUAAUGCUUCAAUUUCUGCUAGUGUUUUAUCAAAAAUUCGAGGAUUACAUGUUAUCGUACCACAAGGUGCAAUGUAUAUGAUGGUUGGAAUUAAUGUUGAAGAGUUUAAAGAUAUCAAGGAUGAUUUGGAAUUCACUGAGAAAUUACUUGAAGAAGAAUCUGUUAUGUGUUUACCUGGCAGGGUAAGUUCUUUUUCAUAUUUAUUAUAUGAAUGGCAAAGGAUUAUGUAA